CAAACAGCUGCGCCUGUUGUGACGUGUCGCCCGUGUUUGUUUUGAUCGGUCGCCAAGCCGGCAAACUUUUGUCAAUUAUUUGAAACAAAAACUGAGUUGCUCUUUAAAGAAAAUCAGAGUUUGCUCUCAUCGAAUGAUUUGUCAAAAUUGAUUGUUAUUUGCUCACCGAAAUACGAAAUAAAUCCCGAAGAAUGGCGCCGACAACGAAAAUCAAUCUUGCCGAUAAAGUGGACGAUGGCGAAAUGGACCUCAGCAUGUGCGAUUUGCAAGAAGUACCUGUGAAGGAAAUUGCUGCCUAUCGGAAGGUCUGGAGUUUGGAUCUUUCGAACAACCAUCUCACACAAUUAUCUAAAGCAUUCCCUACUUUGACAAAUCUCACAAAAUUAGACUUGAGUAAGAACAAGUUGAAGAAAUUGCCAGAUAACUUUGGUGAUCUUCAUCGUCUAAAGCAUUUGGACCUGUACAAGAAUGAGUUACAACAUUUGCCAUUAAGUUUUGGUCAACUGAAGAGUUUAAAAUGGCUUGACUUGAAGGACAAUCCUCUGGUGCCUGCAAUUCAGGAAGCAGCUGGAGAUUGUUUAGACACUGCACAAUGUCAGGUUUGUGCAUCUAAUAUCAUCUACUUUUUCACAAAACUGCGUGAAAAAGUUGAUGAAGAAAGAGAAAUUAGAGAAAAACAACGACAAAAAGAAAAGGAGCGUCAGAACGAAUUGACAGCUCAGAAGUCCAAGUCAAAUAUUCCAGAAAAGAAGAAGAAAAAGGAACCUAAACUGAGUACAUCACAGACUAAAGUGAAAUGUGAAGCAACUACAAGUGAUGUACAAGUAUCCAAAGGUGAACCCCAGGCACAGAAACCAAUCAAGCAGAGCAAACGCUCAUUUUUCUUCAUUUUUAUCACGUCAUUGCUGCUAAUUCUUAGCACUCUAUUUGUACUCACUGCAUGUGGCUUUGAUAUGACUAUGUUUAUCGAAGAUGCAGUGGCAACAACAUGGUCGAAAUCAAUUUCGCAUUGUCCACAGGCAGUUCAAAAUGUCGGCGAAACAUUCGCGGAUUAUUUUCUGUUUGUGCAUCGUAAAGUGGGUUAUUAUUUAGCGAAAUCGGAAAACAAGAGCUACCUGAGCAUCUUGAAUGAGAAAGUCCAUGAAAUGUACAGUACAUUGAUACGUUAAAUGUAUCUGCUCUAAAUUUGAAGGUCGAACUAUUUUUCUUACUUUCUGUAAAUUUGUAUCGCUGCAUGAAUAAAUGAAAUUCAAUGUUUAAA